GGCGGAGCCUCUGGGCCUGGCUCCGUCCCUCCUUCCUCCUUCCUGCUUCUCUGGGCCUCCUUCUUCUCCUUCGCUGCGGCUGACGUGGCCCGGGCCCGGCUCGGAUCAUGGCGGACGGGAGCAGGCAGAGCAAGCUGGCCGCCGCCAAGAAGAAGCUCAAAGAAUAUCAACAGAAGAAUAGCCCUGGGUUGACACCGGGAGCCAAGAAGAAACGUAAAGGUAAAGAAGGAAGUAGACCAGAGACACCGACUAAUGAUGGCAGAGAGUCUCCUGAAAACAUUCAGAACAUUCUGAAGGUGCUGGUGUCAGACCUUAACCGCUCCAAUGGGGUAGCCAUACCUUCAUUGGACAAGAGAAAGGCAUACUGUGAUGGUGAAGUUGCUGUCAAUAAUGCUGAACAGCUCGCUGCUGGUGUCCUCACGUCAUCUAACAGCAAUAGUUUUCCUAGCUCUGCCGCUCCAGCUCCUGGUAACAUGCAGCUGUCACAGCUCAGUGACUCGGAUCAUAAAAAUGCUUUUGAUGAAAACAGGUCCCUCUCACUGACAGAGAGUCUCCGCCAGCUCUCCGAGCAGCUGAACGGCAUGGUCAGUCAGCCAGUGGCCUACGUGAAUGGGGAAAAUGCUGCGUCUUCCACAGAUAUGAAAGAAAUGGCGACCCGUUACCAGGAGCUGGCAGUAGCUCUAGACUCCAGCAAUCUAACAAACAAACAACUCAGUACAAAGAUAGAGGAAUUGCAGAGUGUGGGGCUAAACAUGCUUGACCCAAACAUAGGGAUAGCGUGUGACGAGUUUUUCAGCACUUGUGGCACAAAACAGCAAAACCAAGAAGCUGUGAAUCAGCUGGAGAAGGAGAAGAAGGGGUUUGAGCAGAAAUUUGCAAAGGAGCAAGCAGCAUUGCGAGAACAAUUACAGGUCCACAUUCAGACUAUUGGGAUCCUGGUUUCCGAAAAGUCAGAGCUGCAGACGGCCCUUUCUCAUACGCAGCAGGCUGCUCGCCAAAAAGCAGGAGAAGCCGAGGACCUUGCUGCUCGGUUGCAAGCCUCUCGACAGAGAAUAUCUGAGGUGGAGCACACACUUUCCUCUCUUUCUGCCCAACAGAAGCAGGCAGAGAAACAUAACAAAGAGCUGGCAAAGGAACGAGAUAGUCUGAAAAUGGAAGUCUACAAGCAAAGCAAAAGUAGUGAAGAAGUCAAGCAGCAGAAUUCUGAACUCUCUGAGAAGCUGCGCAGCUUAAUCUCUGAAAACUCGGCCAUGAAGCUGGACGUGGAGGAUUUGCACAAGAAACUGGAAAUGGCAGAGCUGAUGAUUCAACAGUUUGCAAGCCAGCCAGGAGUCCCUGAUGCCACUCAGCAGCUGCAGAUGGCUCUAGAAGAAAGAGGAAAUUUAGAAGCACAAAUUGCUCAGCUGUCGGAAUCGCUCCAGCAACUACAGGCUGAGCGGGAUCGGUAUGUCCAGAAGUUGAAGGAGGAAGGAGGAAUCUGGCAGCAGCGAGUACAGGUGCUUUCUGAGCAGAUACACACUAUGACAGAAGAAAGGGAACUGAAUGUAAAUCGAAUCCAGGAACUGGAAAACAACCUGUCUGAGUUACUGAGCAGUCAGUCAGCCGUGAAGCCCACGGAAAGUGAGCCUGCCCCUCCUGCAGGCCCAACGGAAGCAGAGCUGCGCCUGCAAGGGGAGCUGAGCCGCCUGCAGGAGGAGAAGGAGGCACUCCAGGGGCAGUGCCAGGCCCAGGUGCGGGACAACGAGCAGCUGAGCCGCCUCAACCAGGAGCAGGAGGAGCGCCUGCAGGAGCUGGAGAGGACCCUGCAGCGCUAUAGCGAGGAGGCUGUUGACAGGCAGCAAAUCCUGGAGAACAUGCAGAGCGACAAGGCCACCAUCAGCCGGGCCAUGACUCAGAACCGGGAACUGAAGGAGCAGCUGGCUGAGCUACAGAAUGGGUUUGUCAAACUGACCAAUGAGAACAUGGAGGUGACAAGUGCCUUGCAGUCAGAGCAGCAUGUGAAGAAGGAGUUGGCCAAGAAGAUUGGGGAGCUGCAAGAGAAGCUGGCGGAGUUCAAGGAGAUGGUGUCUCAGAAAACGCAGGAGGCCCAAGCUCUUCAGGAACAACGAGAUCAGUACUAUACCCAUCUUCAGCAGUACACAGCAGCAUACCAGCAGCUAGCUACUGAGAAGGAGGAGUUGCACAAACAGUACCUUCUUCAGACACAGCUCAUGGACCGGCUGCAGCAUGAGGAGGUCCAGGGCAAAGUCACAGCCGAGAUGCACUUCAAAGAGCUUCAGCAAGCCAAGGAAAGCCUAGAAACAGUUGCCAAAGAGAACAGAGAACUGCAGGCUCAUGUCAGCCAGCUCAUGGCCGAAUUGGAUGCCAAGAUGCUUCCCAGAGUGCAAGGGGAUGGUGUGGAAACUGAAGAGAUGGUGGCAGACCGGAAGACUCCUUUGCUCAGCAUCCCAGAGGAUUUUGAAAGUAAAGAGGAAAUGGUUGCUUUCUUGACAUCCGCCAUGUCUCAAGCGGAAUCUGACCGUGAAGAGAUGAGGCAGCAGCUAAUUGAGCAGAAGAGACAAUGCAAAGGCCUUGUGCAGCAGAUUUCAAUGCUCAGGAAGGAACAACAACUGCAUGUCACCUCAGCAGGAGCCUCCAGUGCAGAUUCUGUUCCAGGGGAGGUUCACGAAGCUUUAAAACGUGCCAUGGAGAAGCUACAGUCCCGAUUCACAGACUUGAUCCGUGAGAAGGCAGAGUUGAAAGACCGGGUGGAAGAACUGGAACACCGCUGCAUACAAUUGUCUGGAGAAACAGACACAAUAGGCGAAUAUAUUGCUCUGUACCAGAGUCAAAGGGCAAUCCUAAAACAGCGCCACCGGGAGAAGGAGGAAUACAUCAGCAGACUGGCCCAGGACAAGGAGGAAAUGAAGAUGAAGUUAAUGGAGCUUCAGGAAUUGGUCAUGCGCUUAGUUGGCGAGAGAAACGACUGGCACACAAAGUACAUGGCAGUCGCACAGAACGUGGAGCUUCAGCCUGGCCCCAGCAGCGAACCUGCUGAUGCAACAAUGGAGAGGCACUUGGAGCUGAACGCUACCGAUGGAGAAGGAUUGCGAGAAGUGAGUUUGACCGAUGAGCCAGAACAGGAUCCCGCGAGUGCUCCGUCCCAUCCCUCUCACGCAGAUGGCAAAGGCCCCCAGCCUGUUCCUCAGGACCCCACAGCCAAGCAGAUCAUGCAGCUUCUCCGUGAAAUCCAAAACCCUCGAGAGAGGCCUGGCUCUCUCUUGGAGAACCCUUGCAUCCCCUUCUUCUACCGGGCUGACGAGAAUGACGAAGUCAAGAUUAUGGUGGUGUAACUUGGCACAGAGCCUGCUGAGGACCCAAAGUGCCCUGCAUUCUCUGUUCUGCCUGCAGCAGCAACAGCAAAGGCCAGUCAUGGUCGAGCAGAAGGCGAGUCCUGGGCCAUCCUGGGCUAGUCCUCCCCUUUUGCUGUUCUGAACAGAUCAUGUAGACCAUUGAGAGCGACUGGAGGAGGCUUGGUACUUCUGGCUUCUGUUUGUGGCAGGCAGUUAGUUUCACAUCCUGUGACUUUGUUCCAGGACCAUCUGCCCCUCAUUUUCCCACCAGUUUAUUCCAGGACAGAUGGUUUGAAUUCGCUUGUUCUCUCACCUGGACCUCAGCCCUUCUGCUUUACAGUGCUGCCAGCCUCAUAACCAGAACAUACCAGCCUUCAUCUCUGGCCUUCUUCAGAACAGAGGCUUUCUCUCAGUACUGGAAAAAUAUUUUUUGUUUCAUUCUGACAAGAUGGGCAGCAUUGAUGAGUUGUUUUUUCCCAUUGCCCUUUUGCUUGGGCUUCUGGCUCUUCGGUGAAGGUGAGAGUUGAGGGUGGGAUGAAAACACGACUGCCCUUUGGAAGGUGAGAUAACUUUUGACAUCUGUGUUGGAAGAUUUUAUUUAUUUUUAAAGAUGGGGGAAACGAGUAAAGAAAGAGAGACUCAAUGGACAAAAUGAACCUGCUUUGUGUUGAUUUAUGGAAUCCCAAUUACUUGUAACUGGAUCGUCAUUCUUCCUAGUAGAGUGAGGUUGAUUUUGACAAUAGCUGGGGACAGGGGAGUUUUUCUCCCCAUGUGGGGUGAACCCCAGCACACAACAAGGCAGCAAAGGUCUAUGCAGAAGCAUGAAGGGGGUGAAUCCUGUUGAAUGUUGAGUGGUGGUGGUGGUGGGGAAGCAGUGGGAAUGUGUCCAGGAGUGACAGACUUGAAGCAUGUGCUCCAACCAUAGUUAAAUUGUUCUUAGGAAACUAGGUAUGGGAGACUGUACAUUUGCACUUAGGUUGUGGAAGUUGUUGGCUGGUGAUAGGACUCCCAUGCCCCUGUGCUGAGAGGAAAGGACCACCAGCUGCUAUGGAUAGUGGGCUGCUGCAUUGGGCUUCCCUGUCAGGUAUUGUGCCCAUCGCUAGUGUCAUUAUUUAUUCCAUUUUUGUUAGAGCAUUGCAUUCUAGAAGACCCAGCUAGAAGCAAUCCAGCCAAAGACAAAAAGUACAUGGAAAUUGAAUAUAAAACAGCUUUCCCCCCAUCCCUGCCUAGCCCACCAGUUGUGGGGCAUGAUUAUACACUAAAUCACUGUACUCUUCCAUAUUCUAGAGAGUUCCUGACAGGGGGGAAACAUCCAAGAAAUGGGCAUGGCAAAUGGUUUUGGUGCAGUGUUUUAACUUGCUUGGUGUGCUGUGUUGGGGCACUAGCAAAGCAGGCUUGUGAGUGCCUCCUGUUUGCACAAGUGUACAUAGUGUGUAUGUGUAACAUUUUGUACAUACCUUAAAUGAAGAGAGGAAUCCUUUAGCGGCAUUUCUGGCUGCUGGGAGGCUACUCCUAACCUUGUAUUAUAAAGCAAAAUUAUCUAACGUCAGCGGAGGGGCCGGGGAAGGAAUGUGAUUUAAUAUAGAACUGUUAAAUAUUUAUUGGGUGUCUGGUUUUCCAGGAAUGUGAAAGGAAAAACCUUAUUAGAAAAAUCUUGCAUUCUAUGGCAGAGGUUAUUCAAUCCCUGUUACAAAUUUGUUCUUUCCGAAUAAACCUAUUCCACCUCUA